AUGCCGCCAUUGAUCCUACACAACGUCCCCGACGACGAACUUUACGUUGGAGACGACGGCAUCCAGAGACCCUUUGCCAUGGUGUUCCCUCAACAAGACGGGUCCCUCCGCUCAAGGAAGGCGAAUCUCGAAACCGGGGCCUUUGGCAAGUCGACGCGGCGCACGAGGUCAAAAGCGGCCACGCCAGCGAAGCGCGAGGACCCCACAAUAGCCGCCGCCGACAAGAUCUUCAGCAAUUGGCUUGCCAGCCAGAAUCAAAGCGCCCCUCAGACAAGCGUACCAGCCCCGGCGCAACGAAAGCCAAACCUGAUUCCCAGCUCGUCCUCCCAAAACCUCGCUCAGGGGCAUGACGAAAGCUCAGCCCCGUCGCAAACACGCUUCUUCAGAAAGCAAGAACCCACAGAAGUCAUCCUGCGCGGAUACCGGAACGCACAGCACCAGUAUGCCGCCAUCAACCAUUACGAGCAGAUCGCCGGCAGGAUAUGCGAAGACUACCCUCGCGAGCCGCCGGUUGAGAGCCGGCGGUAUAAGUCCGAGCUUCGCGACCCAGCCUUCACACACCGGCGCGCCCUAACCCCCGAAGAACGGGCCAAAGUUAAUAGAGCUAUGAGCGGCGAGCACUGGGUCAAGGUCACCUUCGAGUCGGCCGAAGCUGCCGACAAAGCCGUUUACUCCUCCCCUCAACUCAUCCAAGGCCAUCUCGUCUAUGCCGAAUACUAUAAAGGCGUCCCCCCGCACAAGACGAAGCGAUACCUGACCCCUCGGGGCAGCUUCUCUCUCAGUGGCACACAGGAAGCCGGCGGCCCCGAUGCAUCGCCCACCUCUUCGCUCACAGCCGACACUGGCACCCUAGCCUCGGGAGUCGAAAUCAGCACGAGCACCUCCAAUACCCUUAAUGGGGGCGCAGCCGCCGGCGGUGCCGAGAAGUCACAGGACGACGAGUUUUGCAGGGUCAUUCCCACCGUUCGGAAGGCUAAGCUCUUGCCGAUGGAGGAGGCCCUGCUGCCAGCGCCGACCUUCACACAGCGCAUCGCGAACCAUAUUCCUUUCCUCAGGUGGUUCAACGGCGCAAUGAUUGGCAGCGAGGUGCCGCGCACAGAGACCGGGGAGUUCGACUGGGUCCGGGCAAGUCUAUUCUGGAAGCUUAUGUGGUGGCUGGACUUCUUGCUCGGCCUGUUUGGGGGUGAUAUUCGGGAUGCGGAGAAGGACGAUAAGGAAGACUGA